AUGUCACACUCUGUUUACUAUUACUUUACUUUUGAAAGUAGUCCAGCGCCAAUGGGAUCGUUUAUGUAUUUGAACGAGCUAUGGAAGAAGAAGUCUUCCGACGUAAUGCGGUUCAUCCAGCGUGUUCGUGCGUGGGAGUUCCGUCACCAGCACACGAUUGUGCGGCUGCGUCGCCCCACACGCCCUGAGAAGGCCCGUAUGGUUGGCUACAAGACCAAACAGGGUUAUGUUGUGUUCCGCGUCCGUGUGCGACGUGGUGGACGCAAGCGCCCCGUACACAAGGGUAUCACGUACGGUAAACCCAACACUGCUGGUGUGCUCGGCAGGAAGCUGAACAAGAACAACCGCGUUGUCGCCGAACAGCGUCUUGGAAAGAAGUACGGAAACCUGCGCGUGCUCAACUCCUAUUGGGUAAAUGCAGACUCGACAUUCCUGUGGUAUGAAGUGGUGGCGGUGGACCCGAUGCACCGCGCCAUUCGCCGUGACCCGCGCAUCAAUUGGAUCGUCAAUGCUGUGCACAAGCACCGUGAGCAACGUGGUCUUACAUCUGCGGGUCGCAAGCACCGCGGACUACGGCAGAAGGGCCACAAGGCCUCCAAGCUCCGCCCGUCUCGCCGUGCAGCGUGGCGCCGCAACAACCGCAUGGUGUUCCUCCGCAAGCGUUAA